UUUGCUGACCUGCGGGCGUGGCUUGAGUGACACUGGUAGAAGGGCGGAACUGUGGCCCCUGAAUUUAGUUUAAAGCAUGCCUGGUUGUUCAUGAUGCUCUGCACAACUCACUUCCAGCGGACUCAGUGUCAUCCUCCAUCCUCCAGCAGGCCUGUGCAACUGCAGCCAGCAUGUCAAACUCAGACAGAGUUGUGUUAGCUCUGGGAGGAGCGGGGACAGUGGGCUCUGGGAUAGUUAAAGCACUGCUGGACAAAGGUUUCAAAGUCGCAGUGAUCUCCAGGGACAGCAGCCGGCUGGACAGACUCCGAUCAUUCGUCUCUCCCAACACAAAGGAUAACCUUACCACUGUAGCGGGGAAUGUGGGGUCAGAGGAGGGAGCAGAGCAGGCAAAGCAGGCCCUGCUGAAGGUGGUGGGUAAGGUGACAGACAUUGUCUCCUCUCUGGGCUUCAGCUGGUGGCAGGGAGGACCCCCACACACCCAGUCUCUCAAAGACCUACACUGGGUAAUUGAGACAUUACUGUUUAGCACAUUUGUGUCAUGGAAGGCUUUCUUCCCCCUGGUGAGGGACGACUCCAACUGUACCUACACCUUCAUAACAGGUGGAGCAGGUGAGAAGUUACUGAUGCCUGGUACGGGCUUCCUGACAGUAGGAGCUGCCAGCACCCUGGCCUUCUGCCAGGUGCUGCGAGAGGAGUACCCUGAGGUGCCCUGCAAACUCAACCAGGUGAAGAUCGACACAGGUGUAGCCACUCCAGAGCGCAUGGCACCUGGUUACCUGAACCACCUGGACCUGGGCGAGGCUGUUGCCACCCUUGUGGAAAGACGAAACACCUCCCACACCGUCUUCACCAUCAACUGCCCUGCAGACUUAAAAACUGUCCUUCUGGAGAGGAACCUUUAGACCUGGAAACCCUUCCUCCAGCUCUACCUUGUUGUCACAGGGACAUAUCUACACUUCGUCUGUUCCUACUCUUAAUGAACUCUCCAGAAACACAGUUUCUUUGGUUCAUUAGUUUUCUUCUCCCACAACUCUGAACCCCAUCCGUGCACAACUUUAUGUGAGUUGUCUGUUAAUUCAACUAAUACCGUAUAUUCUGCUGCCUGUUCUCAGAUUGUUAGCAACUGGUUUCACUGCAUGUGCUGUUGUGUGAUAUGUCUGUAAAAAAAUACUCACUCAAUUCUCAUUGCUGCCUGCUUUUGUACAAAUAUUAUCACACAGACAGUUCUGUUCUGUCUUCUACAUCAUGGAAAGACAUAAUACCCAAUGUAACACUGCGAUUUCUCCAUGGAUGCUAAAUAUACAUAUAAAACAAGACCUCUUAAGGCCAAAACUGUUAGACAAAGCAGGUGAAGACUGAUGGCACAGGGAUGAAGGAUUUUUAACUGGAUAUAGCCACGUAAGCCCACUGUUCCCCACUGACAUUUUAACAGCUGGUCAAAAAAGGGGAGGGUGUUUGGUUGUAGAUAUGUAUCUACAAAUCUGGAAUUAAAGGUACCCUGUGGAGCUAUGGAGUAAUGUCUUGAUGAGCGUAUCCCCAUUUUGUCCUGUAUUAGCAUGCGCAAGAGGGCGCACAUGCAUGCUUCAUGCUAUGCCACUGAUUGACAGUUGGUGGCAGUUACUACCAAAAAACGUACCAAUGCGCAAGCAAAAAGCAAGGAAGAAGCUAGCAAACGUAAAAUAAUGCAGGUUUUUAAGACUUUGACAAAAAUUGACUUUGCAAAUGUUUAAUGAAGAAGGAAAUGGCAUUCAACAUGUUUGUUAGGCCUCAAGGAAGCACUGAAUGGAAGUGUAACUGUGUGUACAAGACAACUCCAUAGGGUACCUUUUAACAUCUUGACAUAAAGGCUAAAAGUGCAACAUGGUUGCAGAGUGGAGGCAAAACAGCUCUUACACUUGACCAAUGACCUGAGAUGUUAAAGGUCCAGUAUGUAGGAUUUAAUGGCAUCUAGCAGUGAAAUUGCAGUUUGCAACCAUUUGAAUACCGCUCACCUCACCCUCCCAUUCCAAGCGUGUAGUAGAAACUACCGUGGCCGCAAAACUCGUGAAAAAACGUGAAAGGCCCUAUCUAGAGCCAGUGUUUGGUUCUGGGCUACUGUAGAAACAUGACGGUGCAAUAUGGCGACCUCCGUGGAAGGGGACCCGCUCCCUCUGUAGAUAAAAACGGCUUAUUCUAAGGUAACGAAAACACAACAAUCUUAUUUUCAGGCGAUUGCACUAAUGAAAACAUUUUUAUGAAUAUUAUAUUAUAUUUCUGCCAAUAGCUCCUCCUAAAUGUUGCAUACUGGACCUUUAAGGACUUUGAGAUACUGGGGAUGUAGCUGGUAGGGAACGUAUAUAUUGACUUGACAUUUUUGAGUCCUGAGAUGUUGCAGACUUGAAAAGUCCUAAAAAGCCGGGGAUAUUGCGGUGUGCUUGAAAUGAACAAGUUCAUACAACGUACAAUCAAAGUAGUAAGGAGAGCUGAAAUUCUACUCUUUCACCUCUCCACACCAUUCGCUGCAUAAAGUGGGCGUGAUUAUAAGAGUCUCUGUUUCAGAAAGUUGUAAAAAUGGUUAAAAUUUCUGAUGUCAGAUAGGUGAGGGGGUAGUGGGUUUCAGAUACUGUUAGAUGAUCCAACAAGCACUUUGAAGCAUACUGACCCCUUACGGAUGGAAUAGUAAGAGUCAUUGGUAAAUGGUCUGUACUUAUAUAGCACCUUUCUAGUCUUUCUGACUACCCAAAGUGCUGCAACUGCAUAUCAUAUUCACACCCAUUCACACACAUUCAUACACUGAUGGCACAGCCCUCAGGAGCAAUUUGGGGUUCAGUGUCUUGCCCAGGGACAUUUGUCAUGUGGACUGGUGGAAGCCGGGAUCGAACACCAACCUUCCGAUUGGUGGACAACCCUCUACCACUAAGCCACAGUCGCCCCCACUAAGCCACAGUCGCCAUUGGCAUGGCAUGAUUAAAAGAAUGUCAGAACCUGACUGAUUAUGGAUACAAAUGUUACGCAGCAUGGUGUGGCCCAUUUUAGCCUCUUUGCAGAGCUUUGAUUAGGUCAAAAUUAAAGCUUAAAUAUGUAGUGUUUUGCAUUCAAAUACCAAUAAACAACAUGUUCUACAUUA